UUUUCGAUUAAUCAUCUAAAGAUUCGAUUGCAUGUCGGUAUCGAGUGCUGAUGCGCUUUCACAGAAUAUGCCUAGAAUUAUUAUAAAAUGGUGGUUAAACGUACCCUCGAGCUGUACGAUAAACAAGUUUGCGUAUGGACUGCGCUAAAUCGGUGGGAUAUUUAAACGCCGAUAAUGACUGCAGUGGAUGUGCCAGUCGAAACUUUCGCCCGAAUAAUUCGGUUCCGUGUUCAGUGACAGUUUGCACCUCUGCGAUACGAAUUCUCGAGAUCUUUUCCAUCAUGGAUGCUCACUGGAUAUGCAUUGUUAGCCUACUAUAUGUGAUGAAUGCCAUUGCGCAAGACACUCCUCCAAAAAAUCAAGCAACAAGCGAGCCGGCCACCCAAGAAUAUAUUACGAAUAAACUCAACACUUACCGGCGCGAAGUCGGCGGGAGCAAUAUGCAGUUAUUAACGUGGGAUCCGGAAGUGCAGGCCAUCGCGCAGAAAUUUGCUGACAAAUGCAGUCCUACUUUUCCUACCAACGACGCACUAAGACGAGCCUAUCUCAGCACACCUAAAUACAAAUGCGGUGCAAAUGUUGGACGCGGAACUGAAUUGAUUGACUGGGGCGACAUUUUGCAAAUGUGGUACAACACCAGCGUUAAUUUUGAGUACGGAUCGACGACAGAGAAAGAAGGCGUCUCCAGUGGAUUUUAUACAGCGAUGAUAUGGGCAAAAUCCUUCGGGGUGGGUUGCGGAUUUAACAAAUGCGAAAUCAAUGGGAAAAAGAAUGGAUUAUUCGUCUGCAAUUUUUGCCCAGCUGGCAAUCUCGUCACAUCCAAAUCUGAACCGUAUGAAAAAGGCGAGCCAUGCGGCAAAUGUCCGAACGCUUGUGAUGAAGGACUGUGCACAAAUCCGUGUCCUUACACGAAUCAGUAUGGCAACUGUGAUAAACUGUUUCCCAAGAAAUGUGCGGUUACCGUGAAAGAAGUCCCGCAACUCAAAGACGUUGUUAGCAAAUGCCCAGCCACAUGUAAAUGCCGCGAUAAUGGAUUACUGUAUUAGCAGUAUAGUUUAUCCAGAUUACAAAUGUUAACUUGUGAGCAUUUCUUAGUGUGAUAUCUUCUGACGAAGCAGUGAUGGGAUUUUUGUUUAAGUUUAAUGCACAAAUUUCGUGAGUUAAAAAUAUCUGGCGUUCGGGAAAACAUGCACCAGCGAUUUAAAAAAGCAAAGCAGAAUUUUCAGCGUUGAUAAUAAAUCUGGCCGGUCAG